AUGACUACGUAUCGGACCGAGUUGACCAUUCCGAUUGAAUACGAUCGACGCAAAUUUUCUGAUAGAUAUCGACAACGUGUUCAUGUUGAUCGAGAUGGCACUGCGUCAUCACGUCUUCACUCAUCCUCCGUUCGAUCAGAUGUGCCUCAGAAGCCAGUACGAACGAUACCAUGGCACUGUCGAUUCUCGGAUGGAUCAAAAGGCCUAUCAGGGUUCGAUGGGGGAGACGAAUGGUUUAACGCGAUGCGUCGCCGGUUUGAUGAGCGCCGUAAACGAUGGGAUGAGGAUAUACGUCAAAUGAGAGCUGACUUCUUCGCGCACCGCCCCAGUCACGGUCGCAGAUCAGUCAGUCCACCGAAAGUGCACCUUCCUCGACCAACGCAAUUCCCGAACCAUCCGUUCACCCAGGAGUACUUUACCGGAUCAGAUGGAAAGGUUUAUUUCACCGUCAAUUUUGAUGUUUCGGAUUUCCGACCUGAGGAGAUCAGUGUCUCUAUCAGGGGAGAUGAGGUGCUUGUAACCGCAAAAUCGGAACAAAAUACUACAUCAGGCUCUAGUUGCAAGGAAUAUACAAAAACAGUAAAAUUACCGGAAAGUGCUGACGACAUUCUGGCCGACUGCACAUUGACAUCUGAUGGAGUGCUGACAUUUUGUUGUCCUCUGAAACAAAAUAUCCUCCUGCCAAAAACAGCGUCAUCAGCAGAAGCUGUUCGUAUACAGAACGCGAGUGUUGGUAAUUCACAAAACACAAGUUUGACAGAUCAGGUCAAGUAUCCAUCCGACCGAAUAUUUACCCAUCGUGUUGAAACCGAAACUCCGGCCCAGAGCCAUUUGUCCUACCCUUCGAGAUCCGUUCAUGGAAGUUUGUUUUCAUUAAGUUCCUUGAAGCCUAAGUACCGUGUAGAAAUACCUAUGGAUCCGGACUACCUACCAGAAGAUAUACAAAUUCGCACUCUCAAUCACCGCAUAUAUAUCACUGUCAGACAUCAGGAACGCAACUCGCAUCGCACAUCUGUGAAGGAGUUCUCUAAAGAAUAUGAUUUACCUGACAAUGUGGACCCAGAGAAUUUAAAAGCGAAGCUGGUAGCUGGAACCCUGUAUAUUGAAUCCGCGGAAAGUCAAUAG